UCAAAGUUCAUUCAGAUAAGUGUAAUAUUAUUAUGGAUUUUUUUUAUUUCAAUUAAUCUUUCAUUUAUUCAUGGGUUCUGUCUUAUCCCCCAAUAGAUGUUUCAUCAUGCCAUGCAAAUCUUGCUACUUUUUUCUUGUCCAAAUUAUAUAUAAAGGAAAAAAAAAACGCCGUCCAUUAAAUAGCCACACCAUAUUUUAUAUCUAUCCCAUCUUAUAUAUCAUUCAUUUUUGUGCCCAGAGGCGAUAAAAAAAUCUUUGUAAAACAAAAAGGAGGAGGAGAG